AUGUCAGUUACCAUGUUGUCCACGACUCAGACUCGCGACGCCAAGGCACCAAUGCCUAGCGGCAAGUCCAGCUCCCGACGACUCCCGCUGCUGAGGAUGGGAUCAAAGGCGGGUGCGGAAGGGAGUGGGAAGCUUGAACAGAAUUGUAAGCUAUACCCCGUAUUACAUGUCAUACCUAUGUCUCGCGAUGACGCGCCGAAGGCGAAUGUCGAGAGGCAAUCCCCAUCCCCACCUAAUUCGGCGGACGGGAAAUCUGAGUCGCAUUUCGCAGAGUGUGCACGGUCAAAUACUUUGAAGAAGUCGCGACACGAAGUAAGCAGGUCCUUGCCAGUCAACUACGGGUCGACUCAGCACCCGCAAAUGGACCCGCACAACUGGAUCGACAGACAGCCGAAGAAGGCCCAAUCCGUGAGAGAGCACGGAAUGGCUUCCUACGACCAUCCUUCAUCGUCUAGCCGCGGCAGGGAGCUGUCGCACGACAGACCGAGCCUGCCUAGGCACGGUCAUUCCUGGCAUCAUACCACGCAGCAUAGCAGCGAUCCCUCGCAUGGAUGGUCACGAAACAGGGUGCAGGCGGGUGUUGACGUCUCGCAACGCCCAAUCCCUUCGAGAUCAGCACUUGCAGCCCCCACUCGCCCCGACGUCAAGCGUGCCCAGACCCAACCACAGACCCAGACGCGCAGUAGUUCAAGGGAUUCCGGCAGGCCACCAGCCCCGACCCGCCCUGUUCCUCGCAAGGCAGCUACGAUGCCUGCACCAUCGACGUACAUUCGGACUCCGCUCUCGGACAAACCACAGCAUGCGCAGGCAUACAACCUCCCCUCCCCAAAACUGGCUAGCGUGAGCGCAAGGCUCAACGAGAGUAAGAUGAGGGCCUAUGACUCUCAUCCUUUGCCGCCGACUCCGAUGGGUUCCAGGCAGAAUUCCGGGCAGCCAGGACCUAUGGCUCCACCGCUCGCUCGUAGGAACGCUAUCUCGCAGAGCGGGAGACAGAGUCGGUCCUCCAACCGGAUGUGA